AUGGGUUGCGGUCGUGUUCGGACGAAGACAGUGAAGAAGGCAUCGCGUGUGAUCAUCGAGAAGUACUACACCAAGCUAACGCAUGACUUCCACACCAACAAACGGAUCUGCGAGGAGAUUGCUGUGAUUCCGAGCAAAAAAAUGAGAAAUCGCAUCGCGGGCUUCAUAACCCAUCUGAUGAAACGGAUCGAAAAAGGCCCCGUACGCGGUAUCUCAAUCAAACUGCAAGAGGAGGAGAGGGAGCGUCGCGACAACUAUAUGCCCGAUAUAUCGGUUGUUGAUCCACGAUUGCUCUCGACAAUCGAGGUGGACACUGAAACGAAACAGAUGAUCGAACACUUGGUUAGCUUUAUCCUUUCGCAUGUCCUGCUGCAUCUUCCUGUCGGGAAGAUAGGUGGGGGGAGAGGGGGGAGAGGGAGGAAAUGCAGCCAAGUCGGAAUACUGUUAUAUCAGCAAGGCCUCGGACAACGGGGCCCGUAGGC